AAGGUUUUAGGGUUCUUCGGCAGGGCAGAGCAAUGGCGAGAGCGCAAGAAGGUGAAUCGGGGCUUGACGCAGUCGUUCGCGAUGCGGCAAAUCAGAAUGAGGAAAAUGCUGGUGGCCAGGAGUCGGAGUUUGAUACGAUCGCUCGCUACAGAGGGCAGGCUCAGGAAAAUAUGGGGAAUUUCUUAGCGCAGCAUGUCGCUCGUCACGGCGAGCCGGGCAAGAACAAGGGAAUCGCGGGCAAGAGUGAGGAGCAACUCCAAGCUAAGGAUGGAUCGUCGAUCUCUGACCAGCUUGGCAAGAGCUCGGACGAAGCUCGUGAAAGAGUCUUCCAGAGCGGGGAUAGAACAUACGACGCGAUCGAGGAGGCGAAGAAGUCCGUCCAGAAGAGGUUUGAGGACGCGAGGAAAAAUGCGAGCGACAAGAAGAAGGACGCACCGGAUGAAGGAGCAGACAGCUACACCGCGAUCAACGAAGCCAAGGAGGAGCUCAAGGACAAAUACGAUGCUGCUAGAGAUCAUUUCGAUGAGAAUGCCAGUGAUGUGGAUAAAUCUCGAGAAGGACAAGAUGGAUCGAAGGAAGCCAGUGGCAUUUCGUCGGUGACCCGAUCGAUCAAAGAGGCCAUCGCUGGAAAGUAAAUCUCAAAACUUAAAUUUGAUAUUAUCUUAGUGCAAGGCUUAUCAAUUGAUUAAAAUGUAGUAGUCUUACGCUGGAAA